AUGAUUAUUACGACACUAGAUCGACAGUGCGGCCACAAUAACGUUAUAUCAAAGAUCUCGGUACAAUUGGAGAACCUUCACUCCGAGAGAGUGAAUUUCAUACUGAAGACAAAAACGCUUUGCCAAAAACGACAAGAGCGUGCGGGAGCUACGGUGGCCAUCGCCGACAGCGUCGUUUUGUCACUGUCAGGUGUGGAUGACGGUAAAAAGAAUGAUCUCCGAAGAAUGGCCUCCGUGCAAAGUUCACAGAUCUCAGCAAAUAAAGACGUCGCGACGCCAAAAGGGCGGCGACGCCAAAAGGGCCGCGAAGCCAAAAGAGCCACGACGCCAAAAGGGCCGCGACGCCAAAAGGGCCGCGAAGCCAAAAGGGCCACGACGCCAAAAGGGCGGCGACGCCAAAAGAGCAACGACGCCAAAAGGGCGGCGACGCCAAAAGGGCCGCGACUCCAAAAGGGCGGCAACGCCAAAAGGGCCCCGACGCCAAAAGGGUGGCGACGCCAAAAGGGCCGCGAAGCCAAAAGGGCGGCGACGCCAAAAGGGCGGCGACGCCAAAAGGGCCGCGACGCCAAAAGGGCCGCGACGCCAAAAGAGCCACGACGCCAAAAGAGCCACGACGCCAAAAGGGCCACGACGCCAAAAGGGCGGCGACGCCAAAAGAGCCACGACGCCAAAAGGGCCACGACGCCAAAAGGGCGGCGACGCCAAAAGAGCCACGACGCCAAAAGGGCCACAACGCCAAAAGGGCGGCGAAGCCAAAAGGGCCGCGACGCCAAAAGGGCGGCGACGCCAAAAGAGCCACGACGCCAAAAGGGCCACGACGCCAAAAGGGCGGCGACACCAAAAGAGCCACGACGCCAAAAGGGCCACGACGCCAAAAGGGCGGCGACGCCAAAAGAGUCACGACGCCAAAAGGGCCACGACGCCAAAAGGGCCGCGAAGCCAAAAGGGCCGCGACGCCAAAAGGGCCACGACGCCAAAAGGGCCAGGACGCCAAAAGGGCCACGACGCCAAAAGGGCGGCGACGCCAAAAGGGCCACGACGCCAAAAGAGCCACGACGCCAAAAGGGCCACGACGCCAAAAGGGCGGCGACGCCAAAAGAGCCACGACGCCAAAAGGGCCACGACGCUGCGAGAGGUGAGGGCAGCGGCAGCUUCGAUAAGGUUAUUGGCAACAUUAUUUAUCGCCGAUGGUUAAUGGAGACGAUGGACCGCAAUGACGAUAUUAAUGGGCCUCUCAUCGUCAGCUUGUUCAUUCCAGAAUUAGUAUAG